AUGUCCCUUGGUAUCAUUCCCGCUAUCGGUAGCCUUUUGGGCGGUGCGUCAACUCCAGGGCCCGUUACUGGCCAGGAACGCACAAAUCUGGGCCCUCUGACCGCAACUUUCACGCAGCCGCCAGAAUGCGCGACAGCUAUAGCUGUAGCCAGUGGACAGAGCUUGCUUGGCCGUCUGGGGGAGGUUUGUGGAUCAGAGGUUGGCGCUGUUGAUACUUCCUGCUGGCCUGCAACAGGCGGCGGUGUUUCCGGCCCUUCAACGGCUUCCCCUGGAUGGGGUUUCUAUUCUCCUGGCAUAGUGUGUCCUGCCGGCCAUACCAGCGCAUGCUCGGCAACAGCAGGCUUGUUCGGGAAGAGUGACUGGCCGGUGCAAUACAGUUUGACUGCGGGGGAGACUGCUGUGGGCUGCUGUCUAAGUGGUUAUUCUUGCGACAAUGUCGGAGGCCAGACUUGUGUCCAAACCACAACCUCGCUGGCGGUACCAACAACCGGCUGUGGAGUUGCGAACAAUGCCGACGAGCCCGCAGUCUUUCCAAGAGCAACUGUCACAGCCGUGACACUAUUCGCGCCCAUGUUCCAGAUGAACUGGCGUAGCGACGAUCUUUCAGCUUUUAUUCCAGCUCCACAGACCUCUUCGACAUCGUCGCAGCCCAUAGAAACGGGCUCAUCGCUAUCUUCAGCCACGAACACCCCAAGUCUUUCUGGAACUCAGACUAUAAGUGCUGGCAACUCGCCGACUGGUAAUCUCGAGACAGCCAGCAGUUCAGCCAGCCUCGUCCCAGCGCCCCUGCCGACAGAGACAGCUGCACAAAGUGGUGCUGACAGUAACGCGACCGAAGAGGCUGGCGCCGACCAGCCAGAAGGUUCCAAGGGUCAAGGCGCUAGCUUUCCAGUAGCUGCGAUGGUCGGUGUUUCUGUAGCUGGUGGAUUGGGCGCGCUGGCCGUGGCUAUUUGGGCGGUAUACAUGUGGCAACGCAGACGACGGUACCGGAAAGACAUGUUGCAGGGCAUCAGCGAUGACCGUAUGCUUCAAGAUCUUGACAACAUGUACGAAACAACACGUCCAAAGACCUUCGAUAUGGCUGGACGAGAGACUAUAUACGACCUAAGGCGUCAAGACACAUUUGGCAGCAGACCAGAUCCAGAUAUGUCAUAUGGACCGGGGCAGGAGACUUCUCGGUUUUUCAGGGCUGGACCCCAACGAAGCCCCCAGGUGGUCGGCUUCUCUGGUAUCACCACAGCAGGAGGAGGUAAACCAGAGGGGCUGAGGGAUUUGAGUGGAGACCCCGAAUAUGGUUCAUAUUAUCGACACUAG